GGUGCUUUUUUAUUUUUUCGGAUUUUUUUUUUUAGUGGUUAGUGAUAGAUUUGAAUGAAGCAAGAAGUUUCAUGUCCUUUUUCUUGCUCCUGUGUGGGUCCUUCGUUUUUCCACUGGUAAAUGACAGCCUAAUCGCCAGCCUGGAAAGGGUUGUUAUAGCUAUAGUUCCCCCACUAAAAAGCUAUCUGCUUUGAUGAGUUUUCAUGGCUGCACUCCUUCAACGUCAACUGAGUAUUGAUAUUUGAUUCAAAUCCAAAUUACCCUCACUACCAAAUUCUUUACAUUUCUCUUUCUUGGAGGUAAGGGUGUAUUUAUCAGCAAAGUUUGUCAUUUUAUUUCUUUUCAUUUUCCAGAUUGCAGUAGUUUGUAUACACUUUUAUACAGAGGUAUAUUUGGUUGGAAUUUGGUUUUGGUAGAUCUGGGGUUUAUGAGGAUAUGGGUUUUCGGAAGUGAGUGAUUGGGGAACUGGGUUUCCAGAACUUGGUCUCUUGAGGUCUUAGUGAAACAAUUUGGAGUUCCAUUAAUUUUUCUGAGAUUCUGGCGGAAUGGGACUUAGAUACUGGUAACUGAUUUCGGGUUUAGCCGUUUAGGAUCUAGACAGUGCAUGUAAUUUAUGGUUUAUUGAGUUGGGAGUUGGUCAUUGUCUUGUUUGCUGGGAGUUGGGGGAUUUUGGAUAACGCUGAAAUGAAGCUUUUGAGUUGGUUACCUAUAUUUCUUGCUCUUGUUCUUUUUGAUCUUAUUGGUUACUAUACAUCAUUUGCCACAUUCUCUCCUCCUGAUAAUUACUUGAUUGCUUGUGGUUCUUCCCAAAGUGUUACCUUCCAAGGUAGAACUUUUGUUCCUGAUUCGCAGCAUUCUUCCCUCACAUUGAAGAGUGUAACCUCUGUUGUUGCUGUCUCCAAUUCUAGUUUCCCAUCCCCUAUCUAUCAAUCUGCUCGAAUCUUCUCUAAGGUAGCAUCUUACAAAUUCGAAAUUCAGCAAGAAGGAAGGCAUUGGAUCCGCCUCUACUUUUACCCUGUUCCAAACUCUGGCCAAAACUUGACAUCUGCAUCAAUUACUGUAGUCACAGAUGAGUUUGUGCUCUUGAACAAUUUCACAUUCAAGAACUACAAAGGUUCUUAUAUGUUCAAGGAGUAUGCAGUCAAUGUGACAUCUGAUAGCUUGACCCUUUCCUUCAUCCCUUCAAACAAUUCCGUAGCAUUUGUUAAUGCAAUUGAAGUUGUUUCUAUCCCUGAUGGAAUCUUCCCUGACCAGGCAUUUUCUGUAAAUCCACGUGCCCCUUUUAGCGGUCUUUCUGAACUUGCCUUUGAAACUGUUUACCGGUUAAACAUGGGAGGUCCAUUGAUAACGGCACAAAAUGAUACUCUUGGAAGAACUUGGGAAAAUGAUGCCAAAUACCUACAUGUGAACAGUUCUGCUGUGAAUGUCACAGCUAACCCUGCAUCCAUAAAGUAUCCAGCUUCCGUCACAACUGAAACAGCACCAAAUUGGGUUUAUGCCACUGCUGAAGCCAUGGGAAAUGCAAAUGUUGCCAACAUGAACUUCAACAUAACUUGGGUUUUUCCUGUCAAUCGGAAUUUCUCUUACUUCAUUCGGGUGCAUUUCUGUGAUAUUGUUAGCAAAGCAUUGAAUAGUCUUGUGUUCAAUCUCUAUAUUAAUGAUGAUAGCGCCCUUGAAAGUUUUGACCUAUCAUCUUUUACCAAUGAUCUGAAUGUACCCUAUUACAGAGACUUUGUCUCUAAUUCGUCUCUGGAUUCCAAUACUUUGACUGUCAGUGUUGGCCCAGAUAGGGAAGCAGAUAUCACUAAUGCAACCAUGAACGGUCUGGAGAUUAUAAAGAUCAGCAAUGAAGCUAAAAGCUUGGAUGGGCUUUCUUCUGUUGAGAGCCUUCUUCCUGAAUCACCCUCAAAGAAAAGCAUGACUGGAAUCAUCAUUGGUUCAGUUGUUGGAGCUGUAGCUGCAUUUGCUCUUAUUGGUUUCUGUUACUGUUGCUUGGUGGUCCGCAAGUCGAAGACCACCCUCCAGGGCCAUCCAUUGCUGCCUUUGCCAUUGUAUGGAAAUUCUCAAACCAUGACAAAGAUGUCCACAGCAUCUCAAAAGAGUGGAACAGCAAGCUUCAUGUCAUUGGCUUCCUCCAACCUUGGCAGAUUCUUCUCAUUCCAAGAAAUUCUUGAUGCAACCAAUAAGUUUGAUGAGAACCUGCUUCUUGGGGUUGGUGGCUUUGGCAGGGUCUACAAGGGUACACUUGAAGAUGGGACCAAAGUGGCAGUGAAAAGAGGAAACCCCAGAUCAGAACAAGGUCUUGCUGAAUUCCGAACUGAGAUCGAAAUGUUAUCCAAGCUCCGUCAUCGCCACCUUGUCUCACUUAUUGGCUAUUGUGAUGAACGGUCAGAAAUGAUUCUUGUUUAUGAAUACAUGGCUAAUGGACCUCUCAGGAGCCAUCUGUAUGGAACAGAUCUACCACCAUUAUCAUGGAAGCAACGUCUUGAAAUAUGUAUUGGUGCUGCAAGGGGCCUUCAUUAUCUUCACACAGGUGCUGCUCAAAGCAUUAUCCAUCGUGAUGUCAAGACAACAAACAUUCUGUUGGAUGAGAAUUUUGUAGCCAAAGUUGCUGAUUUUGGCCUUUCAAAGACUGGUCCAGCUCUUGAUCAGACCCAUGUGAGCACUGCUGUUAAGGGUAGCUUUGGUUACCUUGAUCCUGAAUACUUCCGAAGGCAACAGCUCACGGAGAAAUCAGAUGUAUAUUCAUUUGGAGUGGUUCUAAUGGAAGUUCUUUGUACUAGACCAGCUUUAAAUCCAGUUCUUCCUAGGGAACAAGUUAAUAUAGCAGAGUGGGCAAUGACCUGGCAGAAGAAGGGUAUGUUGGACCACAUCAUGGAUCCCAAUCUGGUGGGAAAGGUGAAUCCAGCUUCUCUCAAAAAGUUUGGGGAGACAGCUGAGAAAUGCCUUGCUGAGCAUGGAGUUGAUAGGCCAUCGAUGGGGGAUGUCUUAUGGAAUCUUGAAUAUGCUCUGCAGCUUGAGGAAACCUCAUCUGCACUGAUGGAACCAGAAGAUAAUAGCACAAACCAUAUUCCAGGCAUUCCUUUGACACCACUUGAGCCAUUUGAUAACAGUGUAAGCAUAAUUGAUGGAGGGAACUCUGGAACAGAUGAUGAUGCUGAAGAUGCCGCAACAAGUGCUGUAUUUUCCCAGCUAGUAAAUCCUCGCGGAAGGUGAAAAGUAAAACUCCCACCGUUUUCAGUCAAUAGAAAUUCUAGUGACUGUUUGGCCAUCCGGUCCUGGUGUAGAGAGUUCCUGGAAAAUGCCAAGGGAAUAAACUAAGAUUAUUUCGCAUUUAAAUUAUUCUGCCUUUUUUUUUCCUUCACAUUUUCAUCCAUAGUAUAUUUAGUUUGUAAUAUAGUUCAAUGAUGGAAACUAAUUAAUCCAUCAGCAUUUGCGUGCAACGCACCAUAACAUUUGCUCAUUGUCUUUGUUUUACAUUCAUCUGGGUUCCUGCUGCCCAUUCAAUUUUUCACACAGUUACCAGAUAUUCAAUGUAUUGGGUUUAUAUUAUUAUGUUAUGUUUUACUGAAUGAGAAUAGAAAUAAGUCAUAAAUUACUUUCAGCGA